AUUUGGUCGCGAAAUAAACAACAGAUUUUUAUUUUUGGUACACAAACAAAAUUUAAAUUUAUUUCUCAAAAGUGGCAAACAGAAUGGCUAGUGACAGUGAAAAUCCACCAGAAAACCUCCGUUGCCGAUUUUGCUUGGCCGAGGAAAUGAACGAAUUGAUUCCGGUGUUCUGCAUUGCUUCUACCCAGAACAUGUUGAUCUCUCAUAUGGCGCUGGCUUGUACAGGACUGGUGGUAUCAUCCCGCGACAACAUGCCACAGUACUCAUGUGACGAAUGCUUGGGACAUCUUGAUCUAGCAUAUGCCUGUUGGAAACGAUGUCGUCAGUCGUGGGGCAACUAUAAAAAAAAUUCCUCGCUAAAAUCGGACGACGAAGAUUAUCGAUGCCGGAUUUGUCUGAAGCACGAAGUUGAUGAACUGGUUUCAAUAUUCUGCGUGUGCGAUAGUCAAUCAAAGACAAUAAGCGAUAUUUUGAAACUUUUCGCUGGAUUGACUGUAACGAAAAAUGACAAGUUUCCGCAAUUUAUUUGCGAUGUUUGUUUGGCACAUUUAAGCGCUGGGUACAAUUUCAGAAAAAUAUGUCGGCGGUCGCUUGAUACCUUGCGAAGAGAGCUUGAAACUGCUAAAAAUCAAGAUUUGGAUGAAGAUAGAUUUCGAAAAGAAGCAUCUAAUAAUUCGAAAAAUCUUGAUAAAUCAGUUCUUAAUGAAUUCUUAAAUUUUCACGAACCUUCGAUUCAAAAUUCACCUUCUAAAAAUUCGCCAGAUAAGCAAGCAGAAAGCAUUCCAGAGGUUGAGUAUAUUCCAGACGUGAUUGAUGAAUUAGAGAUAUCAAUGCCUACAAACCCACUUACUGACAGCUGUGACCCAUUGAAAAUUGAGGAUCCUGUUGAAAAAGGAAAUAUCCGGUUUGUAUCGAAUCCUACACACAAAGCAUUACCGUCGAAUCAAACAUCGAUUCAACCACGAUUUGUGUUAGCAAACUCUAAUGUUACAAAUCAUAAAAACCUGUUUGCCCGUAACUCCGCGGUAAAGAAGCUGUCGCAAAUUAUGGAAGCAUCAUUGAGUAAACGUAACAAGGAAUCAACCACUACUACGAGUAUAGAAUCCAGUUUUCAUAAAGUAACGACAUUGGCAGCUAAGGAACCUCCAUCAAACCAAAUGAACCAAGCAAUAACUGUUCCAAGUUCCGAUGCACGAUGCAAAGUGGUGACUAAACAAACACACCAGUCAACAAAAACCAUUAGCACAAGUGGACUUGUUGGAAAAGGGAGUACUUCGUGUACGAAAGCACCGCCAUCAAAUCAAACACAAGUUACAAGUUUUGACCCAGGAUUGCAAAAGGUGAUGAUGAAGCCAACAAUCCAGCCCACAAAGUCCAUCAAUACAACUCUUGAACCGCGUUUUUAUAAAGUGAGUACGGUAGCACCGCCAUCAAACCAAGCGGUUAAUAGUGCUUCUACAUCUGUUGUGAAGAAUUUCUGUCCUAUUUCCUUGGGUGAUAACGACAGUGAAGUGCGUCGAAAACCUCACUAUUCUUGGGCACAGAUUGUAAAUUUUCAAUGUAAAAACUGUCAAUGUAUUUAUAAACCACCGGACGCAAAAGAGGAAUGUACUGUCUGUAAGCUUAAAUUCGAUAAUUAUUUUUCAUCUGGACUUGAUAUGCAGACUUAUGAUAAGGAAUACAUAAGCGCAUAUCGCUGUAAUGAAUGUGAUUUUUUUACGAUUCGUCUUGAACCAAUGAUUAACCACCUGACGACCCAUCAGAAAUAUAUUCCACAUUCCGCUGUAAUGCUGAAGCACAGGACUGGCAAGCCGGUAAACGUUUUAUCAAGUCCUCUUACUGUGGUGUUCAAGACAAACGACGUAUCAAGUAAACCCACAAAAAAGCCUGACGAAACCACAAACAUGCCCAAGCCUCCAAUAGUAUCGAGACAAAUCAAACAGAUCACAGGGAAUAACGCAGCAAAAGUUGCUACUGUUAAACCAUUUGUAUAUAUAAAGAAAAUACCCGCGUCCACAUCAACGUUAGCCAUAAAAUCGGUAAUAAUGGAUAAACCAUCGGUCAAAUCUGGUCAAUCAGAAAAUAAUCUAACGAAGGCUGCCUCAGUUAAACCUCAUACGCUUUUAUCGCAACUCAACCCAUCAACUGUGGUGAGUAAAAUGACAAAAGCCUGCAGCUCGUCUGGGCGGUUAGACGAACAACAAGUUGUCGUCAGUCGACCCACAUCCAAGAAUAGCCGUGGCGAUAUUCCUCAGCCUACAAAAGAAGGGUGGACCAAAGUCAAACCUGCGAUAACCAUCAGCAAGAGAAGCACCGAAGUAAUAUCUGAUCCAACCCAAGCGGAUAGAGACAAUCCCAGUCAAAUGUCGGCCAAGAAACUGCGGCUAGACACCAGCGGCGCCGAUAAUUCACCACCAACUAAAGAAGGAUGGACCAGAGUAGAACCUGCGCUCUCUAUCAGCGAUAGCGAUCCGUUAUCCAUCGACGAUGAUGACGCAGAUAUGCAGCUCAAGUUUGAACACGAACCACUUGAUAUUGACGAUACCUUGGAUUUGAUGCCCGUUGAGUCGAUUGAAGUAUCUUCCGAAGAAGAAUUCGAAGGCUUCGAGGAAGAUGAAACCAUGGGGAGAUCAUCUAGCAUAGAUACAAACCAUUUCCAAGUCAUGCUUGAUUCGGAUGAGUAUCUCGUUGUGUUCCUGAAGGGUGUACUUUGUUGUGGCUGCUCGAUGGUAUUCGAUACGCGCUAUCAGCUUCAAAACCAUCGAGAACAACAUCACCGGCGAGUGCAGUCCAGUGCAACCCCGACCAUGUGCAUCGACUGUAAAACAGGAACCAGCAGUUCAUCGUCCCAUCGGGUGCUGAGUGCGAAACGCAUUUUCUAUUUCUGUAAGCUUUGCUCAAAAUUACUACUAAAUGUAGUAGACUUCUAUGGUCACCGUAGAAUUGAGCAUGCAUUGAGAGAUCUACCACCCCGUACGUAUCCAACGAAGCCUUUCGUUUUGAAACAAGGCGCUGAAACGCUUCUGAGGACCAUAGAAAACUAUACUCAUUAUGCACAACCUUUCAACAUGAUUGAAAACGAACACAUAUUCCACAUUGUAAAGGAAACCAACGAAUACAAGCUACUGUUUAUGACGGGUCACCUGUGCUGCGGGUGUCAGCACUGGUUCAUCUCCUAUGACGCGUUGCUAGCCCAUUGCGACGAAACACAUGAUCGCCAUUCCGAGCCGGAUACGUCUCGGUGUGAUCUUUGUCAAAUCGACUGCAAAUCCGAGAGCCGCUUGAUGCGCCAUCGACUACAGCGAAGCAGGAGGUUGCAUUACUACUGUAAGCUGUGCCACGAUAUUCUGAUAUAUCAUGCGGAUAACUAUCAAGCCCAUCGAAUGGUGGCACACAGAGACACGCUGAGAAUAGUCAAUACCGGAAUCAACAAAAAUAUGGAUAUGCUUGUUUGCAAAGUUGUUUGCUUCGAAUAAAAGUGUAAAUGAAUU